GAUUCCACCAUGAGAGUUGUAAAGAACUUCUCCCUGAUAUCCGGGUUCUCAGCAUCUGUUGAAAGUGUUGCAGACGUACAUAGAAUGUCAAUAUUCAGUCUGGAAGUAUAAUAAAUCACUAAUAAACGAAAUCGUCUGUUUUCGUGCUUUUCAAGCAAAGGCAGUACUUGAGAGCACAAAUCUCUGCAAUCUCCAUUGUCAACAUCAUGAUGCUAGAUUGCUAACUGUAAGGACUGAAAUAACACUUUUGCAUCACCUCUCAAUUACGUGCAUGUUCCUGGCUGUCUGGUUCAAGCGAGAUGGGCAACACUCGUUCUAGCAGAUGUGAGCUGGUCUCCCUGGGCAUGCCACAGAGAGAACGAGAGCUACAUCUUGCUGUGAUGGGAAACGACAAAACAACAGUUCAGCACAUAGUGUCUCAGGGAGCAGAUUUGGAUUACCCAUGGAGUAACCCAGCCAUACCCAGCAUAAAAGACAGUACUACCCCUCUUCUGGCAGCUGUUUCCCUCAAUCAUGUUGAAAUUACCAUGAUUUUACUAAGGUUUGGAGCUGCUGUUAAUCGUACAGACCGUAAUGGAUGCACACCUUUGUAUAAAGCAGCAUACCAUGGACGCCCAGUUCUUGUGGAUAUCCUUGUCAAAGCUGGAGCUGAAGUUGACAAACCAGACAAAGAACAACAGACAGCUCUGCACAUCUGUGUUCAAAAUGCCAUAGUGCACUCUAGUUAUGCUGCUGUUGAAAGGCUUCUGGCGGCUGGUGCUUCAGUAAAUGUAAGAGACCUGUAUGGACGAGCCCCUAUUCAUAUUGCUGCACACUGGAAGAUCCGGGAAAUGUUGCGUCUACUUCUUGCUGCUGGCAGCGAAGUUGACAUGGUAGACGGACGAGGUCGAACACCACUUUAUGUGGUUGUCAGCUCUCUGUCCACAGGACUGUACAAAGACGACCUUCGUUAUCAGGUGCCCUGCAUUAAACUUUUAUUCUCGCAUGGCUGUGAUAUGCUGAACCUGUUGGAGUGGCUGCGAUGGAAGGGUCCUGGCAUCCCUGCAGAAUUGCUUGCUGAUGAUGAAGCCUUCUUUCGAUGGUACAAAGAAAAUGCAGCGUCUCCUCCACCCUUGCGCAACCUUUGUCGCAAGAUCAUCCAGCAUCAGCUGCUGCGUCAUGAUCCCUCGCACCUGCUGCAGCUGAUCCCAGCUCUACCCCUUCCCCCAUCACUGCAUCUGUAUCUCUCACGCAAGAUGUUUCACCAUGAUAUUUCAUAGUUGCCAGGCAUGUCUUUCAAGCUUCCUUUUUGUUCUACCACUACCAUCUAACCCUGUUGUAACCCAAAGGUUAUAAAAGACUAGGAGACAUAGUCACAAAUCUUUAUUCAUGGUCAUGUUCUUGUCUUGUUAUUUUUGUCAUCAUUAUCAUCCUCUCUUUGCUUAUCUAGAUGCAUGUGUCCUAUUCCCCACAACUCCUACUGAUCUUUUCCUGCGCUAAUCUCUAUUAAAAAGACACACUAUGGUCUUUAUAUAUUUUUUCCCCCGGUAUCUUUUGCUCCCAUAUUUUUGAGUUGUUGUGGUUCCUGACUGUGAUAGACAGCAAUCAGCAUUUUCUAAUGACAAAAAAUAUUAAAUCUAGAACAUGUUUACAUUUCACAGGUAAGAAAUCUUGCCUGCUUAUUGCUGAUGUUUACCUUGUUGUUUGUUCAGUAUCUGGCUUAUCUGUAUCUGUUAAAAUUUGAUCAGUUUAAGAAUUUCUAUUUGUUGAGUGGUGUAUAUUUAGUUUUAGUUUUGGUUUUAGCAUGCAUUUGGUAGCAGUCCAAUAGCAUUGUGACUCACUGACUGGUCAAACACCUUACGUCUGUUUUAUAUAUGGAAGUCUUGGAACUUGUAACAUUUGCUCAUUUUAGUCAGAGGAAGACGAGAAAAGGAGCCAUUGAAUAUGUAUUAAUCUAAGCACAACCCACAUAGUCCUUCAUCUUUGUUUUCUCUGUUGCUUUCUCAUGCAUUUUACAAAUCUAUAUUGUUUCCCUAUAUUUAUAUUUGUUUUCAGAAAAUCAUGUCAUUUCUGAUUUGUAUGGUACAGAUUCCUUCACAUCUACAGCCUAGUCAAUCAAACUUUUUUUUACAAGGCACUUUUGUUUUGACAUUUUAGUGUAUAGUAUAAAGUUGCUGUAGAUGCAAGUAUCCCAAACCACCAGCUUUGUUCUUUGCUCAUGUUAUUUUAUACAAGAAUAACAAUAAGAAAAAGUCACUUGAAUACCGCAAAACCAAAACCAACAGGCAAGCUCAUUUAGCUGUGCAUCUCACUGUAAUUCACAACAAUCACAGUCAGUGAUAUAAAACGAGGAAUGGUGCAAAGACUUUCUCUGAAAGUCAUGAGUAAAAGAGUGAUCACUGCAGAUUAAGUGAAGACAAAUUUUGGAAAAUGCAGCAUAAAAUAGAAAACCUUACAAACUGUCAUUAUCAUCAUUGUUCACUGUUGUCAUCCGAUACAAUGCAUGACAAAAGUAGCAAUUUAAGUGGUUAUUUUACUGAUGUAAAUGAUUUGAAGUUUUAUAUGAUUUCUUAUAUCCACAACCCUUGCUGUUUAUGUAAAUACAAAGCCACUUGCUGUUUUCUUUAGAUGUGUACCUCAGAGACAGCAUCAUGCACAUAUAUACAUGUGGGAACGCAGAGAUAAUGCACAUGCACUCAUAUAUAUAUACACACACACAGUACAUUAAAUUAAAAAAAGGUCUCAGGAAUGAUUAUCAGAUACCUGAUAUGUUUGGUAAUAUACGUGUAUGGUGUUUGACACAAAGCAUCUUCAAAGUGUUCUUGCUUUUUUUAACAUUUUUCUCUUGCCUUUAUUAUUUUUAUUACGGGCUACCUUUUAAGAUUUUGUUUGCAGGAUCUAGUCAUAUGUUCAAUGUUAGAUGACCCAAUAAAGCAUUACAUAAUGAAAUGUUUGUUAGAUGUAUAACAGAAAAAUGCAAAAUACAAAAUGUUUUACAAUAAUAUGCAAUGUGUGUCAAAGAAAUUGGAUCUGUUUGUGAUAAUAUUCCCUUGUUGGAAUAGAAAAUGUACAGCAGUCAAAAUAAGAGCUUAAUUUUUUUUUCUUGGAAAGGAAAUUACUGGUUUUGUUAAACAUAGAGUAAUUUAAUGUCAAUUUUUUUUUUCCUUUUGUGUAUGCCUGGUUUUCUUUUUUUGUUUGUUUUGGUGAGUUGUUUGUUUUAUAGUGAGCUUCUGUGUUAUGAUGCAGUAUGUAGUAUGCUUAAUUUUUGAUCAAGGGUACAUGAUCAUCAGGAAGUCCUGUUCACAUAUUUGAAAUGCAGUAAUCUGUUAAAGGCAAACUUUCGCCGUCCAGCAGAGGGAGGGAAGAGUACUUGUCCGGCCAAGUGGAAUCAAUAGUGAAGAAUGACUGCUAGGUUCGCCAGCAUUGCAUGUGGUUCUUACCUCCCUUCCUCGGGCAAAACCAUUCUUUCUGCCAUAAGCUGAAAGUUCAGCCUGUACGACUAAAACAGCUGACUAAACUCUGUCAGAUAUUUCAGUAAACUGUCAGGGCGCAUUAAGACAUCAUGUUUGUCUUUGAUCAAUCAAUAUUUGCUUUUUCUAUACAAACAAAUGCACAUUUUGAAUUGGUUAAUUUAGUAAUUAAAAGGUUUUUAACAUAAAUUUGGCUUUUGAACUUAAUAGAAACUCAGAAAGCUAGGCAAUUUUCUUCAAAAUCAUCAUUUGGGUAUUGCUAUUUAUAAAACAGUGAUGGAAUGAGCAUGUAAAUCAUAUAUUAAUCGGUAAUGAGAAGCAGUUGCAGAAUUAUAUUCACCUGUAAGUCAGCAAUUUUUUUGUUUUUGAUCAUUUUGAAAAAUCUCUUCCAGCAGGAAUUUUACAUAUACUUUAUAGAGAAAUUCCUGAGUCAGGCUAGGGGUUCAUUUCGUUACCUAUAUUGGGCUUUGUAUAUGCACAUAUUACUUUACAUCAGAAUGCAUGUGUAUGCAUUGUGGAGGCAUGUGCUUGUGUCUGGUCACUAUGUUGGCAAAGAAAUUUUCUUUGUGUUUGUACUGAUAUCCCAGAUUCAUCCCUAUCACUGAAAUUGUAUUUGUACAGUUCACCACUUUUUGCCUCUUUCCCUACAUUGUCAUUCUGUGUCAUAAGCAGUUUAAAGAAAAAAAACUUGUCUUGCAGGCCCUAGCCUCAUCUAAAAAGUAAUGCAACUGGCAGCUAACUGUAGAUGCUGAUGGCAGAUGGACUGGUCAGCUUCUGAGUUACGGUAUCAUUGUUGGUCAGUAUUGCGGUGAAAACUGAGAAAGGAAAGCAAGCAUUAUACAUAGCCUUGUUGACGGACAAAUAUCAGUGUGCUGGCACAGUGAUUUGUUACUGUUCUUUUGCAGCCCAUAUUAUGACUGGGCAGGAUGGAGAUCAGGUGUGAUAGAAAAGAAGGUAGGUUAGCAUUCCGAGAGCUGGCUCUGGUUGGCUGCACCUGGCUGUCAGACCAUGGUUCACAUGGCAGAACGUGUCUUUCAUCAUUCUCCUGUUGAUGUUGGUCAGCAUUUGGCAUUUCAUAACUGACUGCACAUUUUCUUGACCACUGUGGUGCAAUUUCAGAUUUAGUUCACUAGCAUUUUUUGUGUUACUAGAUCUUUCUUGAAACUUGGAGGCAGUUGUUCACUGUUCAGCCACAGAAUGCAUUUUUUUCUUCAGCUGCACAAAAAAAAGUACUUGCCAGAGCAGCGUGUCUCUUGUUGGAAUUUCCCUGACACACUUGUUGGUCACUUACAUGACUUGCAAAUAACUUUCAGUGAAUUCCUAUACCUUGGUAAACUGCUGCCAUUUGAUAGCUGACUAGGCAAGUGUAUUUAUCAUAUUUACUUUGUUGAUAAACCAUGGAGUUGUGCUAUCUCAAUGCAUUUUUAUUUCUAAUUUUAGUCUAAUAAUUUUGCAACACCUGACCAUAUAUGUGCUGGAGUUGUUUUAAAGUUAAACAUUUCAUACAUAACAUUGUUUUUUGUUUUGUUUUGUUCUAAUGAAGUCUUGAUUUCAUCAUGUUACAGACAAUUGGGUUUGAUAAGAAAAGCUACAAGACACAACACUUCUAAAAGUUCUGAGAACCUUUGAACAAAACCAGUGUGAUAUUUUUAGAUAUUAUUUGUAACAUUUCUGAGAGCUUCUGUUGCAAAGUGUAAAGUAAGCAUUUUAUGGUAGGUCCAGAGGAGAAAGUGCAUGAACUUGGCACCUGUUCAGUCUCUAGGCAACCUCAGAAAGAUAAUUUAAAGAGGAAGUUAGGCUACAGAGGUUGUAAAACAUGUAAACUUUAAGCAAAUAGCAUACAGUGGCAGCUCUAGCUUUGCCAUUUCCAUCCCUUAACUUCUGUCUAGUAUGGUAGGAGUACAUGUGAUAUACAAUAAGCAUGUACAUGUUGAUCUCUGUAUUAACGAGAAAGUACAUCUAAUGAAGAUGUAAGCAAGAACUCAGUAAAAUAGCACCAUUUUGAACAACAAUUUAAAUUUAAUGUCCUGUUGCAUUUAUAGUUGUCAUCUUUGCUGGAUGUGGCAAUCAUGUAAUUCUGAUAUUUUGUGAAACUGCUUAUAAAGUCUGGCUAUGCACAUAGAUAUGGCAAAGUCUCUGAAAACUCGUAGUUAGGCUUUUUCUCGUUGAGUUAUCCAAGACAAAAUCUAGUCAUCAACAGUUAUCUUUGUCAUAUUAGCCUUUAAAAAUGUUUGGAAAAAUCAUUUAUAGGAGCUGCCAGUUCAGAAAGUCGAACUUAGUAGACUUGAAUAGAAAGUUUUCCGAGGCAUCCAAGAAAAAAUAAAGAAUAUUUUAAAUACUAACUGCAACAUAACAUUUUAUCACAGCUGUAACCAAAAGGUUUUGUUUUUGAAUCAAGCCUCAUGCUUACUGUAUUCUGUUCAUGAGUCCUAAACAUUGAGUCUCCAAACAAUCAUCUUGAUUAUGUUUGUCACAGAUUAAGAAAAGUUUCUUGAUUCAGCCUCACCCUAGUUGAUGCAGCAUUAUGUAAUUCCUUUCCUUCCAGUUUGGACUUUUGGAAGGUAAAUUUUUGAGCAUCUUACUGAAAUGCUGGUGGUGGUUUACACAUAGCCAGUCCAGCUGACAUGAGACACUGCUGCUGAUCUUGUUCUCAUCAUUGCUGCUGCAUUUUUUUUUCCUUCCCAUGCCAGAUUAUGCUUUUAAGUUCUUGCUUUGUCAAAAAUAUGGAAGCUCUGAAGUCUUGCCACUGGAAGAAAUUACUCUUAACGUUUUGUAGAUAUUUAAGUCUUAGUGUACAAGAAUGCUGACUACAGGAGUCCCAAGCAGGUAACUGGAAUGUGGAGAGUAAGCUGGCAUUUGGGUCGUGGAGAAAAAUGCUGGUUAGUGGAAUGUGAAAAAGCUGAAAUAAAAGUUUGACUUUGUU